AUGACGGCUCCGCCUCCCCAGCCCAGCGAGCGCUACGGCGGGGGCGGGCGGGCGGCCCCUCCUCCCCGGUUGAAGGUGGUGGGGCUCUUUAAAAGCUCCAGCUUUCAGAUUGCGAAGAGCACCGCCGAGAGUCUGAAGAAUCAUCAUCCAUCCAAAUUUGAAGAUCCUAUAAUAGUUCCUCUUCAAGAAUUUGCAUGGAAUCAAUAUCUACAGGAGAAAAAAAGGGAAAUCAAGAAUGAAACCUGGGAAUAUUCUUCCUAUGUGAUGUGUUUUGUGAAUGAUCAGCUCUUGGGUGAUGCAUUUGAUUUGCAGAAAUGGGCCCAUAAGGUGUGGGAUGUAGUGGAUGUUAAACCUUCCGCACUUUACGAGGCACUCACUGUGGAUUAUUCCACUAAAUUCUUGAGAGACACCAAGCAUGAUUUUGUGUUCUUGGAUAUUUGUAUUGAUUCUUCUCCAAUUGGAAGAUUGGUUUUUGAGCUGUACUGUGAUGCAUGUCCCAAAACAUGUAAAAAUUUCCAGGUCUUGUGCACAGGAAAAGCAGGAUUUUCUCAAAGUGGCAUAAGGCUGCAUUACAAAGGCUCCAUUUUUCAUCGAGUAGUCCCGAAUGGCUGGAUCCAAGGAGGAGAUAUAGUAGCUGGAAAAGGAGAUAAUGGAGAGUCAAUUUAUGGACCAACAUUUGAAGAUGAAAACUUUUCAAUUCCUCAUAAUAAAAGAGGGGUUCUUGGAAUGGCCAACAAAGGCCGUCACAGCAAUGGGUCACAAUUCUAUAUUACACUGCAAGCAGCUCCCUAUCUGGAUAGAAAAUACGUGGCUUUUGGGCAACUGAUUGAAGGAACAGAAGUUCUUAAACAACUAGAAGUGGUUCCAGCAGAGAACGAGAGACCAGUACCUAUGUGCAGAAUUACUGACAGUGGAGAUUUGCAUGCCUGAUUUCCUUUCAGUAUCUUCUGUGAUAAUUAACUGCUUUGCAUCUGAUCAGGUGUCUCUAGAUUUAAUUAAACAGUGCUUAAUAAAAUGUAAUUGAAAAGCCGUGGCAGGCACUCCAGGUGGGCUCAUCCAACACCCGACCCCUCCCCAUUUUCCCUUCUGGCUGCUACCUUAAAGACUGUGAAAGAGAAAUACUCAAUUUCCCAGCCUCUUCUGCAGUUAGGAGUGGCCACAGGGAUCGUGGCCAGUGAGAUAGUGGAAUGCCAGUGGUCUUCCUCUUCCUUCAUCCCAGCUCAAAUGCAGAGGCUGGAGCCACAGCUGCCCUCUUGUGGCCAUGAAGGAAAGUCCCAGAGACCUGCGGAAAUGCCAGCCUCCACACGACUCUUAGAUAGGAGAUGGAUAGACUUGGGUGUUCUUUAUCUUACUAUCCGUUGAGAAGCUUGUUACUUGUGGCCAAAAACAUUCUUAAUGUAGCAGCAUACCUAAUGCUUUCUGAAUCCCAAAACAUUUGUAACAGAAUUAUGUUCUUGUUUGUAACUACAUUUCUCCCAUGAGAAACUUGGUAAAAUAACCAAAUAGAAGGGAUGCAAUAGAAAAAGCAA